CUCUUUCAGGGCCUCGAAAAACCGCCAGCCCCGAUAUCCCCGGCCGAAAAGCACAAACUCGAAAGAACUUUUUGUUCCUGGCAGGACACACACGAGGAAGGAAAUGACGGCCUCCCCACAGAGGACUCCAAUGGUGACCGUGCAGUACUCCAAGUCUGAGCUGGACGAGGCAAGCGUCCUCCCAUGGUUCUCCUACCAGGUCUCACAGCCCUCCGACCUGCCGCCCGUCUCGGCGCGCCCACCCCUGCGCACGUCGCGGCUCCUGAUACGUGCAUUUGUCCGGGAGGACGCCGAAGCGCUACACAAACUCCGCGCGGACGCUGAACUCCAGCAGCACUCGAUCGUAAGAGGUCGUCCCGACGAGAGUCUGGAGCAGACCAUCCACAACAUUGAGCAGCUGCUCCCUCCGUAUGACGACUGCCACUGGUAUUUCGGUGCCUUCCUCGCAGAGACAGGGGAGCUUAUCGGGGAGGGUGGCCUACCAGACAUCCAUGGCCGGACAACGCGAUCUGGCUGGCCGGAAGCAGACUUCCUCAUCGCCAGGGACUACCAAAGGCAAGGCUACGGCACCGAGCUGUUCGAGGCCGUCAUGACGUCCUGGUGGAACCUCCCGCGCGAGCGGCGGCGACGCCAGCUGCACCCUUAUGUCAUCCCGAACCACGUCCCGGGUGCGAAGCUGGCCGAUUGCGUCGUCAUUUGCCACGAGGCAGCGAACAAGCCGGCCGCGGCGUUCUUUGGCAAAAUGGCGGGCGAGGAUGAGGCUGCGCUGCAGGGCACAUUUGAGGACUACGACAUGCGGGAGGGUAGGCAGCAGGCCUUGACACAGUGGUCGGGCAUGACGCUGGCGAAUCCUAUCUUGUUUGUGGAUCCUGACGAGGGGAGCGGCGAUGAGGAAUGAGGUUGGUGAAGCCCUGUGCGGACCAAUGAAUCCAGUAAUACCAUGACGCUCACUUCGAGGGCGGGUCCCGACGAGUACAUUAGGACUUUUACGUG